CCCUCAUCAGAUCUCGCCUUCCCACACAGGAUAAGAGAGGAACAGACGCCGAUCAAUGUCCACCGGAGCCGGGAAAACCGUCUGCGUCACCGGAGCCUCCGGCUACAUCGCCUCCUGGCUCGUCAAGCUCCUCCUCUCCCGCGGCUACACCGUCAGGGCCUCCGUCCGCGAUCCAAACGAUCCGAGGAAGACCGAGCACCUCCGCGCGCUCGACGGAGCUUCCGAGCGGCUCCAGCUGUUCAAGGCGAACUUGCUCGAGGAAGGCUCGUUCGAUUCCGUCGUCCAGGGCUGCGACGGCGUCUUCCACACCGCUUCGCCUUUCUACCACGACGUCCAGGAUCCUCAGAAAGAAUUGAUUGAUCCGGCGGUGAAAGGAACGCUGAAUGUUCUCAAUUCUUGUGCUAAGACGCCGUCGAUCAAGCGAGUUGUCCUGACGUCUUCGAUUGCAGCGGUGGCUUACAACGGCAAGCCACGGACGCCGGAAGUUGUACUUGAUGAGACGUGGUUUUCUAACCCGGACUUCUGCAGGGAAACUAAGCUUUGGUAUGUGGUCUCGAAGACACUAGCUGAGGAUGCUGCGUGGAAGCUUGCCAAGGAGAAAGGCAUGGACAUGGUCACCAUAAACCCUGCAAUGGUCAUCGGACCACUGUUGCAGCCAACUCUUAACACAAGUGCUGCAGCUGUUCUAAGCAUAAUGAAAGGAGCUCAAACGUUCCCAAACGCAACGUUCGGUUGGGUACACGUGAAAGAUGUGGCCGAGGCACACAUCAAGGCGUUCGAGAUUCCAUCCGCUAACGGAAGAUACUGCUUGGUUGAGAAAGUUGCUCACUACUCCGAAGUGGUGAACACCUUGAAGAAGCUCUACCCUGGCGUCCAACUCCCAGAAAAGUGUGCGGAUGACAAGCCUUACGUUCCGACGUAUCAAGUCUCCAAGGAAAAGGCGAAAUCUCUGGGGAUCGAGUUCAUCCCGUUGGAGGUGAGUCUCAAGGAGACGGUGGAAAGCUUGAAGGAGAAAGGGUUUGUCGACUUGUGAGAGAGCUCUCUCUCCCCUCUUCUCAGUUCUUACCCUUACUAUCCAGCCAGCUAGAAUGCCAAAUCAAAUAAAAUGAAGAGAUCCUCUGGAACUUGUCUGGAAAUCUCUGGCCUUAGCUUCAGGAGUUUUUUACCUUUGUACGUGUAGGAGUCAUUGUUGUAGCUCUCUGUUUCUUCUGAUGAUGUCGUCUGUUCGUUAGUCGUUACUACUACUAUCAGGAUUCUGCGGCUUGAUCAUAUCAACUAGUCCUCCUGCUUUGUGCUUCUUCUUCCUCUCUUGAUCAGUACACUCUUGGCUGAAUAGAUAGGCUACUAUGACGCAAUGAGUUCGAAACUUCGAAGUUCGAAUCGACUUAAAUCGAAUGAUUAGGUCCGAUUUCCUACCAAUUCAAUUUAUUGUUAGGAGUUGGUUAGAAUGAAUUGGAAACUGAGUCGUGGUCGAGACCGUUAUCUCGAACCAAUGGCGCAAACAAUACUGCUACCGGUUGAACCCCGCGCAAAAUUGUUAUAUUCCCUCCUGGCCCAUAUAACAUGGGGCCCAGUUUGAAACUGAAAGCGCGGGAAGGUUUCGAAUGAGAUAGUUUCAGCCCAAAAGUGAAAAGUCCGACGGGCAAGGUUGUCAACCCGCGGGUUGACCCGGACCCGGUUGAGCUAGUGGGUCAAAGGUUAAUGGGUCACCCGUUUUAACCCGGUUUAGCUCGGAAAUAUGAAAAGCGUCAUUAUAUUGUACUUAUCCUGAUAAAUUAUAUCAAAUCUCAUCUAACAUAUAAGUUAUAACAUAUAAUAUUACACCAAAAUAACAUUUCGUACUUAGAUUCAACAUAUAGUGAAAAUUCACACACACUUAUAUAACAUUAAUAUUCAAAUGUUCAACUUAGGAUUCCAAAGAUUGAGUUAGGCGAAAAGAAAAAUCGGAAAAUAGGCGCAUUUCGCAAAACAAAGAAAAAAAUGACACAAUUUGACCUCCAACCCGGUACCUUGUACCGGUCGACCCGGCGGGUGCGUGCGGCCCAUUUUUCUCACCGGGCCAGGGUCAAAGUGGGUCGACCCGCGAGUUGACAACCUUGCCGACGGGUCAAGAUAUAUUAUUAGUGGUAUAUAAUAAUCUCAAUAGUCAAUCCAAAAUUAGAAUGUACAAAAAAAUCCAAUAUUGCCUAAACUCAUUUUAUUUAUGGAUAAUUUUGUUUAUAAGUAGAUUUUAUAUUCAAAAUUUUAUUUUAGUUUGGAUUUAAAUUGGACACAUGGUGUUGGGUACUCAAAUGAAUAUGGAUACAUGCA